AUGGCGGCGAGAGGAGUCGAAGGAAUGAUGCAUUCCAACGGCCAAUUGGAACAAAGAGCAGUUGGGACGACGACGACGAGAGGGAGAACGAGAACGAGAACGAGAACGUUUUUCGGGAGGAGAAUGAGAAAAAGCCUCGGGAGAAUAUCGGCGACGUCUUCUUCGUCCGUCUCGUCUCCAUCUUUCUCCGAGCGCGAUCGUGUGCUCGUGGUGGAACAGUUGAAGCCUGCGGAGACUUUGGCGGCGACGAGCGGACAAAGAGCUGAAAAUUGUAUCGUCCAAGCGCCUUCUUCCCAUUUGGACGCGCCGCCGCGGCCGCCACCGUUAGCGGUCGCGUCCUCGACGUCGCUCUCUAUUACGGACCCACAAAUCGUGUCGACUAUUCUCCAAGCGUUCGCGCUCUUUGCGUUUGGUGGUUUUCUUUCGCUUUCUGAGACUGCGCUGACGACGUUGUGGCCGUGGAAAAUCAAAGAGCUCGCCAACGAGGAAGGGCCGUCGUCGCCGUUUUACGCGGUGCAACAAAACGUGACUCGGUUUUUGACGACUAUAUUGAUUGGGAGCACGGUGAGUUCGAUUUUAGCGACGGCGAUGAUGACCGAGGCGAUCGUGAAGGUGUACGGGGAGAAGGCGAUUGGUCUGGCGACGAUUGCGAUGUCGGCGUUUGUUUUGUUGUUUUGCGAGAUUGCCCCGAAAUCGAUCGCGGUGCAGCACGCGUUGGUAGUUGGGAGGUUAGUAGUGACGCCGAUUCGGAUGAUGUCGACGAUUUUGUACCCGCUGGGAAGGAUAUGCACCGCCAUCGUGGAUUUUGGGUUUCAUUUGUUUCGGAUACAAACGAGCGCGGAGCCAUUUGUUAGCGAAAACGAGUUGAAGUUGGUAUUGAGCGGAGCGAUGGAGUCGAACUCGAUCGAAGCGAGCGAGCAGUCGAUGAUACGGAACGUUUUGGAUUUAUCGAAUACGCCGGCGAGGGAGGUGAUGACACCUUUGGUGCAAAUUUGCGGCAUCGAAAGCAAAGCGACGUUGGAAAAUUUGAAGCAACUUUGGAGGGAGGAAAAGUAUACGAGAGUGAUUGUAUUCGACGAGCGAGUCGAUAACGUGGUUGGUAUUGUAAACGUGCUAUCGAUAAUUGAAAGUGAAGAUUCUAAAUUGGACGAUGCAAUUGAAACAAUUAUGGAUAAAAACGUCUAUUUCAUUCCCGAGUCGAUGCCGGUGGAGAAAUUGUUGAGCGAGAUGUUAAAGAGAAAGUAUCACAUCGCCGUCGUCGUAAACGAACACGGCGGGACCAUCGGGCUCGUGAGUCUCGAAGAUUGCAUCGAGGAAAUCGUUGGCGAAAUAUACGACGAACACGACGACGACGAGUGGGGAGAGAAUAAGGCGGACAGAGAAGAUGAGUUUGAAGAAAACGACGCGAGGGGCAAAACUUUGCCGAGGUUUGUGAACGAGGUCGUGGAAGAAGAAGUGAACGGGAAAGACGUCAUCGUCGACAUCAACGUUGGCGGUACGAAUAGUGGCAGCAGUAGUAGUAGCGAUAAUAAUUAUAACAACAACAACAACAACAACAAUAGCGGUGAUAGCGGCACUGGUAGAGCGUACGAAGUUGGGGCGAAAGCCGAUAUCGAAGAGCUCGCGGAGUAUUUGGAGAUUGAUAUUCCCAAAAGUCCUCUCUACGAAACCGCCGGAGGUUGGGUGUGCGAUAUUUUCGCACGUAUUCCAAAAGAAGGCGAAACAUUUUCGGUUUCUUACCCCGUCGUCCAAGGCGCUUCGGUUUCAACGCUCGCGUUGGCGUCGUCGUCGUCGUCGUCGAGCAGCAAGUUGUACGUGGACUACACAGACGAUUCGGAGGAAAUCGAUGGUUUUGAAGAAAACGCGGACCAUAAAAAGUCCGAUUUUGAUCUCGACGACGAUUACACGUCUUCCUCCUCCUCCUCGUCGUCGUCAUCAAACGGCGGCGUACCGGAACUGGUUUUGAGAGUCGCCAUUGUGGAAGCUGACGAACGAAGAGUUUCCUCGAUUAAAAUUUCCAUAGGCGACGAGAAUAAGAAGCAGGAGAAACGGGAAGCGAGUAAAGGAAUAAACGGUAGCAGCAACGAUCGUCGAGGAAUGAAUGGUAUAUCGACGUCUACCAAACGACAAGAACCGGUAUCAUCGUGA